CGUGACCCGAGCCUGCUGCCCCCGAGGCUGAGCGCCGCCCCGCGCCCCGAGGCUCCCCGGUCCGGCCCGGCCCUGCGCCCCUGCGCGCGUGUCCUCCGUCGUGCUCUUUGCUCCGGGAGACUUUCUGUUGUUUGUUUCCUCCGCGCCCCUCUUUGUUGCCCUGAAAGCCGGCCUCGCCACAGCCCCCCGCUCGGAGAGUCGGGCUCUUGGAGAAAGGGGCCGCGGCUCUCGGCCCGACCCCUCCUGCGCGCACCCCUGCCGCGCCCGCGCCGUUCCCGGGGAGCCCGCCGCGCCGUCCUUGAUGCACCCGUUCCAGUGGUGUAACGGGUGUUUCUGUGGCCUGGGACUGGUUAGCACCAACAAGUCCUGCUCAAUGCCACCCAUCAGUUUCCAGGACCUCCCGCUCAACAUCUAUAUGGUCAUCUUUGGCACAGGCAUCUUUGUCUUCAUGCUGAGCCUCAUCUUCUGCUGCUAUUUUAUCAGCAAACUCCGGAACCAGGCACAGAGUGAACGAUACGGCUAUAAGGAGGUGGUGCUUAAAGGCGAUGCCAAGAAGCUACAGCUGUAUGGGCAGACCUGUGCUGUCUGUCUGGAGGACUUCAAGGGGAAGGACGAGCUCGGCGUGCUCCCGUGCCAACACACCUUCCACCGCAAGUGUCUGGUGAAAUGGCUGGAGGUCCGCUGUGUCUGCCCUAUGUGCAACAAGCCCAUCGCUGGCCCCACCGAAGCCACUCAGAGCAUCGGGAUCUUACUGGACGAGCUGGUGUGAGCACCACUGCUGUGCAGAGAUGUGGAGACGACCUCUUGCUCUGUGGGUGCCUGGUCCCUCUCACAGCCACAACGAACAAGAAGACUGUUAGGUGGUGAUGGUCACAUUCACCUGAAGGGGAGGGUGGCACAGGGCCGGUGUCCCAGACUAAGGGCGAGACCAGUGCCAGGCUUGCCCCAUCGUUCUGCCUCCUGAAGCCGUCCCUGUCACUCCGUACCCAUGGCCUCACCCAGCCAGACUUCUGUACCCUGGUACGGGACAUCUUCCUGCCUUGUCCCUGCUCGGGAAGGAACCCACCCUGCCUGGCUGUGGACAUUAAGCCCCACCCCGACUCCCCAGCGUUCCCGCUAAGAGGACAGCCUGCCCUGAGCUGACAGGGAGAAGCUGGCUCUGCCCCACCUACAAGCUCCGUGCCCCUCCCUGCCUCCGUAGGAAGGCUGGAAGGGAAAGAAGGAAAAAGCGAGGGACUAGGCGCUGCCUCUGGGAAUGGAGAGCAGAGACCUCUGCAAGGAAACAGUCGAUGUUUACGUGGGAACUAGUGAAACAGGCUGGCCACAGGAGGGCUGACUGCGGGGUGAGGAGGAGCCAGCCCCUGCCCCUGCAGACCUGAGGUGCUACGUGCCCUCCUCAUCCUCUUCCUCAGUUAUCUCAGCACUUCCUGUUCCGUGUUGGGGUUGGAAGGCCCCUCCAGGGGAAGGCCUGUUACACACUCGGUUGCUUCCCAGGGGCCUGGGGACAGGGGUGUUGGAGCUCACGGUAUCGACAGAUACCUGCUUCCCCUGUGUAAAUAGUAUUUUGUACUUCAUUCUGACCAUCUCAGGCUUUACUCGUGGGAUCCCCGGAGUGGAGGGGGCGGGAGUCUUCACUUCCUCCCCAGAGUGGGGGAGGGUGGGAGAAGGAUAUGUAUUUAAAGAAAAUUAAAUUUAAUAACAAUUUUGUCUAACCAACUUUGCCUGUG